AUGGUUGUGUUUGGAAAUAUAGAAACACCAACCCAAAAAAUAACCCUUGCUCCAUCAUUUUUAGAUACAAAAAUCACUAUACAGCAAACAAAAAAUUUUAAUAUCGAUGGUUUAUUCCCCUUUAAUGCCAAUGAAAACUCAAAAAUUGAAAUGGUUCGUUCUAAUAUUAAUUCAGUUCAACCAUUAAGUCAAUUUUCACCUUUGAGAAAUGUUGUUGUUAGGGAAUCAAUAAUAAGCCCCCUGUUGGGUACAUAUCAAGGUGAUUUUGAUUCUCUCGAUUUCUCAAAUAACCAAUUAAAUUCAGAAGUUGGCCCAUCAUGGUGCUCAACUAAUUUAAUCGUAACAAAUAACCAAUUAACAGGCUCGAUCCCAUCUUGUUUUAAAUGUUACUUUAAUGAUACAGACAAUACAAAUUUACCAAUGAUGAAACAAAGAUUUUCAGGAAAUCAGUUUACCAACUUUGAUACAAAUGAAGAGUGCACAACAUUCGCACCAAGACCAACAAUUGAUGGCUCAACUAUUUCAAUUACUGGUAAUGACAUUGGCCUCAACCCAAGUAAUUGGUAUAUCGAGGGUGUACAGUGUAAAAGUGUAAUAACUCAACCUGGUAAAUUAUAUAUUUGUGGAGAUUUAAACAAUAUAUUAGACGGCAGAGAUUUCUAUUCAAUUAGAUUCCGACACCCAGGAAAUAAAACCAUUACAUUCCCAAUUAAGCAAGCAGCACCCAUCAUCACCUCUGUGGAAUUUGGUAGACCAGUUGUGAUAGUAGGCCAAUAUUUUUCGAGCUACAAUGGAUAUGUAGAUCAAGUUAUAAAAUUAGAUGAUGCAAACUGUGUUGUUUCAGCAACAGAAUUUAACAAAACCUCAUGUGUGGCAACCCAAACAAGCUCAGCAGAUAAAAUUCCACUUGAAAUUACCGUGAAUAAAACUCUUACAACAAAAAUAUUGGUUUCAAAAAAUAGUUUAAACAAUAAGCAAUGCCCAAACGGUUGUAUAAAUGUUCCAAAUGGUUUGUGUGAUAUGUCUACUGGUUAUUGUAUGUGCCAAUCUAAUGGAAAAUAUCAAGAUUGUAAUACCCAUGUUAUUUCAUCCAUUGACCCAUCCAAUACAAACGGUGGUGAGGCAACAUUCUAUGGUGAUUUUAAAAAUGAACACAAGGGUUUAACCAUUACUAUUGGUGAUAAACAAUGCUCCCCAAUUACACUAACUACAUCAACAGUUAUUAAAUGUGAAGCACCACCAGGUAAAGGCAUACAAAAUGUAAUAAUGGUUCAGAAUGAUUUAACCUUUGUCGGUAGCAAAAUGUAUAAAUAUAAAGAAAUUGUAGCAAGCUGUCCAAAUAAUUGCACCAAUCAAAAUCAAGGAACAUGUAAUACAGUAACUGGCUUAUGUGAAUGUAUAAAUAAUUAUCAAUCAUAUGACUGUAGUGUAAAACCAAAUGAAGGUGGUGAGACAGGAAAUAAUGGAGAAACCAUCAUCGACAAUGAAACUGGUUCAACCAAUCUUACAAAUAGCCAAACUAGAUUCCAAAUCUAUUUUGAUUUAUUAAAAGAGGUAAAUGUUUUGGGUGACACAGUUAAAACACAUGUAUUAAAAGAUAAAUGGGUAUUAAAUAACACAGACAUCAAAAGCAAUAUAUUCACAUUCAAACAACAACUAAAUGGAACUAAUUGCAGCAUCAUAUCGAUUAUUGAAGAAAUUCAAGAAACAAAUGGCAAAGAAUUUACAUUUGCAAAUACAACAUUUGGCCUAUCAAAAGGUUCAAUUAAAUUUACUAUAUCCAUUAACAACUAUCCAUAUCAAAGUACAUUAAAUUCAUUGGUAUUGGAUUUUGUAUCAACUGUAGAUCAAUUAAAAUCAGCUGAAUGUAAUGAAAGGGAUACCGAAAUAGAUACAACCCAUUUCAAUGAUAUAUCCACAUUUAAUUAUAUUAAAAUAUCUAGAAAUAAUCAAGCCUUAACAGGUAGAUUCAUAAACAAAUUAAUUUCUGAUGGUAGACCAACUUUUUAUAGUACAUCUGUAAAUAAUGAUACCUCAACACCUUCAUCCGUCAUAUUAUCUUUAAAUUUACCACAUUGCGAUAGCUGUGUAAUAGACCCUGAUUUUUCAUUGAUAGUUUCACCCGAUUUUAAAGAAUGCAAAUCAAGUAGAAAAUGGUUUAUCCCUGUUGUUGUAACUGUUCCUAUAGUGGGUGUUGCUUGUUUAAUCGUUAUAAUUGCAUUCCUAUAUAGAAAAAGCACAACUGUCAAAGUUAUAAUUAAAGCAGCAAAAUUAAAAAAAAUAAAUAAAUAA